UAAAUUUAUAAGUUUAAAAUUAAAAUGCCACCUAAACCAGCAGGAAAAGCCGUUAAAAAGACUCACAAACCCAAGCUCGCAAAAGGUGAUAAGAAAAGGAGGAGAUCUAGAAAAGAAUCCUAUGGUAUCUACAUUUACAAAGUGCUGAAGCAAGUUCAUCCCGACACUGGAAUAUCUAGCAAAGCCAUGUCCAUAAUGAAUUCCUUCGUCAACGAUUUAUUCGAAAGGAUUGCAGCUGAAUCCUCCCGCUUGACGCAUUACAACAAACGUUCAACCAUUUCUAGUCGGGAGAUCCAGACGGCCGUGAGACUAUUGUUGCCCGGUGAGCUGGCCAAACACGCCGUGAGCGAAGGAACGAAAGCAGUCACUAAAUACACUAGUUCAAAGUAGGCGUGCCCUAUUUUGCGACUAACCAAUACCCAACAGCCCUUUUUAGGGCUACAUAUUUUAUUGAAGCAAACAGUUUUAGGAAUCAAAUUAUAAUAUUGUACAUUUUACCACCCCCCACCGAGAUAUUUAAAGGUUAGUUCGAUAUCAUCUAUUUUGCUUUUUAGUUUAUUCCUCGCCAAAAUAAAAUCUCUAGAAAUAAUUUUAUACUCCGGUCUAAUGGAUAAAAUGACUUGAAUAUAUUUUUAGUCCUUUUUUUUAUUUUAGAAAGUCUAUAUUCAAAAAAGAAAAUUAGCCUAAGAAAUCUAGCGUGAUUUGCGCAGAAUUUGCUUCAGGGAAAUAAUUUCUGAGCUAUCAUCAGAUAAUAAAUUUGUUAUAUUUUAGCUUUCUAAAAAAGUUGUUUAUAUAAAUUUUGAAAGAUUAGUUCUUCUACAAGUUUGAGAUAUUGUCUACCAAUUCUUUUUAAAGUUAUGUUAUUUAUUUGCUCCGGAUAUGCUUAUAAUACGGCCGCCUGGUUGGGACAUUUAAUUUUAACGUAUGAUUGCUAAUAUCAUCAUGGGAAAUGCCAAUUUUAACGAUCAAGAUCUAGCAUAUUUCGUGUAAAAUUGAUUGUACUUAGGUUUUAUCUUUCAUCUGUCACGAACUCAAAUUCAAUCUCUGCGAUUUCUCUAAUUCAAAUGAUAAGAUUUUUAAGAAAAGGUAUUUAAUAUAAUAUUAAUCCACUAUAACCAGACCAGAUUAUGUAAGCCAUGACCCAA